GGCCGAACUAGAGACCAAAUUAGGGCCUUCCAUUAUUUUAAUCUUGUGGUUAGGAUUAAUUUACAAUUAAUUUAAUUAUUUAUUCAAUAAAAACAUGUUGAGGGGUAUUUUCGGAAAUCAGUUUAUUAAUCUUCAUAAAAAACGUGAAUCUCUUUCCUUCUCUCAAUUCAUACAAUCUUCACACAAUCUUCAAGCAAUCUUCAUCAAUUUUUACGCAAUCUUCAUCAAUUUUCUCGCAAUUUACGUUAGUUGUAUAUUUUUCUUCAAUCUGCAUCGAUCUCCACGAUCUACCUCAAUCGCGAUCUGUCUCAAUCCGCAAUUCACGAUCGUUUUGCAAUUGCUGCAAUUGUUGUCAAUCGCGAUCUGUCUCAAUCCUUCAAUUCACGAUCGUUUGCUGAUUCACUACUUUGCUGAUCGAUGCAGCAUACGAAUGCUUCAACUCCAUUGGGUUUUGCUUUCUCAAUUCACGAUCGUUUUGCAAUUGCUGCAUCGUCGAUCAAUCGCGAUCUGCAUCAAAUUCUCGAUCGAUCUGCCUCAGUUUUCACAAUUCCUUCAAUUCACGAACUGCCUCAAUUGUCAUCCAUGGAGAAUUCCACACGUGAAAUUCAUCAGCAUCUCGACGGAGUAGGAAAAACACCGACAAAUUCUGCGGUUGAAGAUGGAUCUUCAUCGACCAAUAAUGAAGAAGCUAGUAUUGGAUCAAUUCUGGAUGAUCUACAAUAUCAAGGAGGCACUCUAUUUGAUACAGAUUCAGAUUCAGAGCUAGAAGGAGAAAGUAACUCAGUUGAAGGUUGUAUGCCUAAGUAAGAAGAAGAAGACGAAGAAGAAGAAGAAGAAGAAGAAGGAGAAGAAGAAAUGCUUAUUUCCUUAUAGUAAAUUAUUUCAUUCCAGUAGGUUUCGUUGAAUUUUUCACACUUGUUGAAAUAAACAUAUCAAUAUGAAGUAAUUUAUUUCCAGUAGAUAUUACUUCAUUUUUGUAGUUUUUUAUUUCAUUACAGUAAGUUUAUUACUUCAGUUCAUUAUGUAAUAAAUUGAAAAUGAAAAUGUUUUUACUUCAUUCAAGUAAGUUUAGUACUUCAUUCCAUCACGUAAUAUAUUGAAAAUGAGUAGAUUUUUAC